AUGGGGUUCGUUUGGUUUUUGGAGCAAACGUUCCUGAAUGUCCUUCGCCACCAGACCUCUAUAUAUUGUGCAGAAGAAGCUUCAUUUUUCACUCAUCUUUUGUUGAGAAUUCUAAUGAGGAACAUGGGUGUGUGGGAACAUGCAAGCGCGUCAUCAGCAGCAGCAGCAAUGCUCUUAAUGCUGCUAUGCUUGAAUGAGAUUACAGAAGUAAUCUCACAGAGGGUACCUGCUUUGUUCGUUUUUGGAGAUUCAUUGGUUGAAGUUGGCAACAAUAACUUCCUAAACACCGUGGCAAGAGCAAAUUACUUUCCUUACGGCAUCGACUUCGGCAGAAGAGCUACUGGUAGAUUUUCUAAUGGAAGAUCCCUCAUAGACUUCAUUGGUAAUGACUGA